AUGGUCAGUCCGCCCCUGUACAGGAGUUACACUAUUGGCCAGAUAACCAGGUGAAAAGAGAGGGGGAAAAAGCCUAAAUAAAGAAACCAAAUGAAGCCACCGCAUCUAAUUAUCGGUAACUGCAAUAUAUUACGUCUUUGGUUUUGGGUUUACUAUCCAUGAACCAGGGGCGCACUGACAACUCAUGGGGCCCCCGGGCAAUAGGGGAUCAUGGGGCCCCUGUGUCCUUGCCCAAACUCAAAAACGCCUAUGAAAAAGGUACCAGGGGCAUCUCAUGGGGCCCC